AUGAAGACUACCUUGUUCAUUAUUUCCCUCCUGGCUGUUCUGUUUGCCAGCAAUGUCGUCGAAGCUGAUGUUACUCGCGGCCGCAAGCUCCGAGCCCGUCAGGGGCGUGGAUUGAAGUCCUCGAUGAGUAUGUCCACCAGCAUGUCCAUGAGCAGCAUGAGCAGCAUGUCCACGAUGAGCAGCAUGUCCAUGAUGAGCAGCAGCAUGAGUAUGUCAUCCAUGACGAUGUCUUCAAUGUCCAUGAGCACCAUGAGCAGCAUGUCCAUGAGCAGCACCAUGUCUUCCAUGAGUUCUAUGUCGAUGAUGGGUCGUAUCGCCGUGCCACCUAAGAAGCAAGAACAGGAAAAACCAAAGAGACACAUCAAAGACACUGAUCGCCGCAAGCGUCGUCGUGUUCGCGUCUAA